UAUUUGGCUGUAACGCCUGUUGUAUUUGGCGCAUGUGACUAAUACAAUUUGAUUUGAUUUGAUUGGUCCUGUCCUCCAUUGCGUUAAACUCACCUUAUAAAACAGUCAGCUGGCACAAGAUAGGGGGAUACCACUGAAAUAUGAGGCUAAGCUAUGGUCCUAAUUCAUCCAACUGGAUCUCAGGGUCUGGGUGAGCAGGUGCACAAAACAAGAUAAACACAGAGAGGGAGAGUAGGAGUGGGAGGGGCUGACAGGGAAACAAAGAGAGGGAGAGAAGUUGAAAGUGAGAGGGACAGACAGAGAGAAAAGAGGUGAAAUAAUAUUGUUUUAGUGCACAUUUAUACCUGGAACUUAUGGAGAUAUUCACAAAGCCUUAUAAACACAUUUUCAAGGAUUUGAAGAACUGAAUAGAGCGUCAUUGGUGAGUACAAACAAUUAUAAUUCUCUUUAUACUCCUUUUGAUAUUGCAGAUGGCUCCUGUUUAGUAUUUUUGGGACAUCAAACAAAUCCCAAGUAUAUGGAUAGAGAUGCAUAGGUGGCAAAUGUUAACCUAUCUUCAUGCUCUCAUAAUGUCUAAGAUGUCUAAUGUCUUUCCCGUUUGAAGAGAGAAUAUUUCUGGAUAGAUAAACAACUUAUUUAGUACCAGUAUUUGUAUUCCUUCUGUGCAUUUCAUAUUUCAAAGUCUCACUCAAAACUGCUUCAAGUUCAUAGAAAGAAUAAAGAAUAUACCUUAGUUGAUUGAAAUCCAUGGUAAUACACCUCUAUUGUGAGAGGGAAGGUGGUCAGGUGACGGUGGCRUGUCAUUAAGGUUUAAUGUCCACUCUACAAUUAAACACUCUACUCCCUGUGUCCACCCUACUGACACCAACCCAUUGCCAGAGGAAGGCUGUAACAGGGGAUGCAGUCCAAACUCAGGGAUAUGACAUCAAUCAGACUUAGGACUCAGAGACAGAUGUGACAUCACUGUGACAUCAUCAGCACUGGCUUGGAGGUGGUAGAGAAGAUGGCGGUGUUUAGGGUCAUGCGCAUCACACUGUUGGUUGUUUUACUGGGCAAUACAUCCACCAAGAGUUCAGCAAGUAAAAAAGAGGACCAAAGAGAGCCCAUUUUCAAGGAGUUAGUAUCAAUAUGGCGUAAAGGAGGGYGGUGGUAUCCUAGCAAAGAGCCUGCCUCCCCGGAGAGAACCCAAGACCAGCAGGUCCACAGCGUGGUGAGGAGCAUCAUGGGAAGUCUGAAGACCCUGGGCCUCCUGCCCAGUAAGAGCAUGGGCCUCCCCUCCCUCCAGAAGCCUGUGGACAGGCACCGUCUGUCAGGCUUCCUCUACAAUAUCUCCAUGUACCUCCAGGAGAUGGGUGCUGAGCUGGAGGAGCGACAGCUUGUCUCUGACGAGGAACAACUGUGGGAGAAGGUAUUGCAGUCCUUUAUCCAGUCAGAGGGGGGCGCUGCGCUGAACCAGUGGGACAGCCGGGAGCCCCCCAGGCCCAGCGUCAGACUCCAGGACUGGUUCCUGUCCCUGAGAGGCAGCCCUCACUGGGACGGGCUGCUGGGGCUUCUGCAGAGCCUCAUGUCCCUGUCUGAGCGGCAGCCCCAUAGGCCRCUGCUUGACUUCCUGUCCCAGAACUGGAGAACAGUGAGUGCCCUGCUUGAGGCGGCCCUGCAGGCGCUGGUCAGCGGGACCUAUGGCCAGGCCAGUGCCGGGCUGCAGGGCUUCAUCUGUGCCCUUAGGGGCCGCAAUGAAUGUGCCUUCAGUGUCAGCUGGCUAACACAGUUCCUCCGCUUCAUGGAGACACGCAACUGGAAGCCCGUGGUGAACCUGCACCCUGCGGGGAUGGGGGCCAACCAGAGAAGGGGCUCGGCUGCUUUUGGGCGCCUGAAACCCUUCAGCAUGCCCCCCAAGGCCCUGAGAGAGGAGGGGUUGUCUGGGAAUGCCACUCAAGGGGACGUUMGGGACAGAAGGGACAUGGGGGGAGACCUGGACUUCCUUCAGACACUGCUCCUGCAGGCUUUAUCACGCUCCGAUGGGGGACAGAGGGCGGGGCAGCUGGCAGAGCAAAACCCUGCCCUGCUGCAGGGAUUGGACGGCCUCAGAAGGGGAUUCUUGCACAGGGUGGGCAGCUCCGUGUACGGCAACCUGAGGAGAAAGGUGUCCCGUGUUACCAUGGCGCUGCUUGAUGAUGUCAGCAGCGUGGUGGACGUGCCACAGCCCAAACAUAAGGGCAGAUGUUCCGUAGGUGACCUGAGACAGCUAAUCUUAUGGGGGAUCAGACAUAAUGUCACGUGGAAUGCUCAGGCUCUGGGCUUCAACUCGCAGGGCCCUCCCAGCACCCCUCCCUUCCUCUCCUGCCCAGCCAUAGAGGGUGAGAGUGGGGACCCCAGACCCCCACCACGCCCCUCUCGCCCUAGACCAGCCCUGUCACCCAGCAGGGCGCCCAAACAGAAACAACCACCCAGCUCAACCCCAGUACCCCGCCGUUCCCGUCUCCUCAAGCCCCAGUCUGAGGCAGUAGAAGUUGGCCACAGCCACCUMAGAGAGAUGGGGUACUUUGCCUCGGCAGAGAUCCUGGAAGCAGCGUGUAACGCCUCUAUCCCAGGCCUUACAGGGGUGUCCAACUUCACUGUGUUCCUCUACUGUAACCUGUUUGACGGGGACGAUGGGUCUGUGGACCCGGAGGUUGGUCAGCUGGGACCCGACCUACACGCCACGUGUUCCGACGCCGCCUGGUACCUGUCUGCAGCCGAGGAUGACUUCCUGUGGGUKCACGUCUGCAGCGAGUUCUUCGCWCACCAGUUUAACAACACUGUGUGUGCCAACASCUCCUUUUGGCUGCAGAGAGCACACCAGGCUGCAGAGAUGAAGGACUACCACUAUUUCAACCAGUCCAGUAUAGGUGACCUGUGUGUGCAGCUGUCAGGGGAGAUGGUGGAGGGCGGGGGCAGCCCAGGGCCUGACGAAGCCUGCCUGGCCCAGCUGGGCACCAGGUCCCUCAGCGCCCAGGACUUCAGACGCUGCUUCCUGCCCAACACUUCUGCUCUGGUCUCAGCCCUGUGUGGCAGCGAGUCCCCUGAGGCCCAUCCCUCCCACACAUCCCUUCCGGAGGGCAGCUGGGCUGCAGAGUACUGCUCCAGGCUCCACAACUCCUCCCACCCUGAAUCCAUAGAAGACACAUGUGACUACAGGAAGUGGAGCCUGCAGCAUUUCACCAAUGCCACCCUGCUGGAGCUCUGUGUCAGUACAGAGGGGUUGAGGGAGUAUGUUUGUAGCAAUGCCACCCUCUACCGCCGGCUACUCUCAGCCUAUCCUCAGUUCUCUGACCUUUGCGUUGACCUGGAUGUAGAACAGGAGGACAGGAAGUGCUUCCUCCAGUGGUUCUUUGACAUGCUCCCGGCGCCGUACGACUUUGACACAUCACAGCUGUGUGUGAAUCCUGCUCCGCUGCUGGUGGAGGCACUGCACAGGCUGAGUGUGUGUGAGGUGGAUGGGGGUGAGCGCGGGGGCUGGGUGGGGGCUGUGGGGUACGUGCUGAGGGUACUGGACUUUGUGGUUGGGCUCUCAGCGGGGCUGGAUGAGGGGGAGGGGGAGGUGAGGCAGGGCCUGGGUCAGGCCAUCCUCCUCUCCAGUCUCCUUGACAACGCCUCAUUCUGGGCAACUCUACGUCCCGACGCCUCACUGAGCGUGCUCCAAACCGUGGGCUUGUUCCUGCGCAGGGAGCAGAGCGCAGCUCUCAAAGAGGACCUGCUCAGCUGCUUCAGUCCUGUAUUAUGGGACCUCAUUGAGAGAGAGGACAACUCCUCUGCCCUCAGAGUKCUAAUGCAGGAGUACCUCCAAAUGCCCAGGGAGAGUAUCCGCACAUUGGUGAUGUCAGCAGAGAAAGAUGCGGUGAAGAGGUUUCUGUCUCACAUGCACCAGAGCUGGGACCAGCUGCACGUAGAGACCACUCAGUCCUCUCAAAGAGAACUGCAGGCCAUGGAGACCAUGACGUCCGCCUUCAUCCACAAGUUCCCUCGUGUGACCCCUGACCUCUUCGUCGACCUAUCACAGUUCAUACCUUUCAUGUCCGUCUCUGACAUCAUGAYCUUCCCCACCUCCCUGAUGGUCAACACCAGUGUGUUGAUGGCGAUCCGUGACCACAGCACAGAGAUGAAGUCUCCACAGAAACAGGCAUUUGUGAAGAGGCUCCUGCAGUCCAGUGUGGUGGGAGAUGUCCCUUCCUGGCCACCAUAUUUCCUCAGCUCCAUCCUCCCACUGCUCCCACACCUCCCAGUCAGCCAAUUUCAACAGCUGACAUCAGACCAGCUGAGUCCCCUGGUGGAGUUUCUGGGAAACACCAGUCUGGAUGGAACAAGGGGGCGCCAUGUUCUACGGACUCUAUUCAUUAAAAAAAGGAACUUCACCAGUGAUAACAUAUCGAGGCUGGGAGUUCUGGUUUGUUACCUGAAACCAGAGGAGCUGCGUCCGUUUCUGCUGGCUUCCCCUGUGUCCUCUGCUCUUUGGCAGCAGCUAGCUAUCUGUGUGUCUGAGGGACUCAUCAGUGAUUCAGGCAGGGCGGUGCGGCCUCUGAACGCCAGCACUCUACCUCCUCCAGCACUGGCCACCCUCAGGGGCCUACUGCCCCAGCUAGGGGCUUCCUUCCUGCAGUCACUGCCCUCACUACAGCUCUUGGACCUGCUAACACAACCAGGCCUGCCCAGCUUCUCCCCAGCACAGGCGUUCCAGAUAUUAUCCAAAAUUUCACAAGACACAAAUCUCACCAUGGAUACACUGUGCAGGCUGAAGCCCUUACUGUCUGGCCUGUCCCCUGCUGUGCUCAGAGGCAUACACUGGUCUGAGAUCAGUGGAAACACUCACUGCCAGUGCUGGCGCACUCUACUGGCUGACCUGAAGCCUGCCCAUAGAGCCAUGCUCCACAGGGCACUGCAGGAGGCUUUAGCCAGCAACUCAAGGAACUUCACAGUGCAGCUCCAAUGUCUCCUGCCGUUUGUGCCCCUGAGGGAGCUGAUAGAGGUUCUGGAUAGAGAGACAUUCCUGAGAGAUAUGAGCCUGUACAGAGACCUGCCAUGGUCCCCCCAACAGGCUCAGCUACUUUUCAAGAGGACCCAUCAAUCUGAAAUCAUUACCAGAGACACUGUAGAGGACUUGGGCCAUAUUGCUGGUGGAAUGAGCUGUGAUUGGCUAAAGCUUUGGACCAAUGAAACCGAUUUUUCAGAGUUGCUUCAGUUUGUCAGUGAGUUGCCGGGAGGGGUGAGACCAGCUCUGAGGAAAUGCGUUGUAGAGGAGCUGCGGAAAAGACCAGAGGAAGACCUGGAUGGUAUAAGCCCCUGGUUUGCUGCAGAAUUACCGGUGAACCUGAUUGAGAGCCUGUCUAAUACUUCACUGACAGCCAUCCUGGCUCACAUUCAGCAGKACUUUGUGGACUUCCUCAAGCUGCCCCGUCAUAAGCAGAUGGCCUUAGCAGAAAAGGCCAUCACUGUGCUGGGCACCUCUCAGGGCCUGGCUGAGGGGGAGCUCAGGGUGGCCUCUGUGGACCUCCUGGGGCCCCUGUUGCCCUUCCUGGACAGGGAUACCCUGGGGCUGGUGGACAGAGGGGCCCUGGGGCUGCAGCUGGAUGAGCUGAGGGGGUACUGCCUGCCCUGGGACACCCUGAAGGACUUGGCUGCUCUGCUUACUGGGAGAGACCUGCUGGGAGAGGCAUCGGCAUGGACGGUUGGUGAUGUGGAGCUUGUUGGCAGACUGUUGUUUACUCUCUCUCCAAAACAGAUCAACUCCAUCCCACUGGUGGUACUGAGUGCAGACACGGUGGAGGAGGUUCUGGCAGGUCAGUGGCGCUGGGAGAACAGUGAUGUGGGUCAGGCCUGUGUGUCCCAGUGUGUGGACCAGCAGGGCCAGAGAGAGAGGAUCCUCAGCCUGAUACGGGGGGUCAUCAGAGCACAGAGCAGGAGGAGAAAAGUGCCAGUCCCAAGCUGUGGUGACAUAAGAGGCACCUUCCCCUCAGCAUGGACAGCCAAUCAGCUGAGCCGGAUGGCAGGGGAGGAGUUGAGGCAGUGCGUGGAGGUCAUAGGUCAGGACGCUUCACUGAGCCCUGAGCAGCGCCGAGCACUGUGGGUAAAGCUCAGGCAGGCCUACAGUCCAGUUAGAGGCCUGAGGCCAGAGCAGGUCCUGGGGCUCGGCUGUCUGGUCACUGAGCUGGGGGAGAGAGAGCUCCAGGACACUAACCUGACUGACCUGGGUGUCCUGGCCUACCUGGGGGCUCUGACCGACUGGAGCCCAAAAAAGAUGAGAGCAGCAGUUGUUGGUGUGAUGCGGAAGCGGAAGUUGAAGGUGGAGCAGCUCGGAGCUGUAGAAGUGGCUUCUCUAGGACACCUGCUCUGUGGUUUAACACUGUCAGAGAUCAACAGACUGGACCCCUACAACCUCAGUCCUAAUGAGUCCUCCUGCUAUAUGACUGACAGCAUGGCUGCUCUGUUCCUGAGGGAGCUGGCCCUGCCGUGUUCAGAGCAGCAGAUGGAGGCUCUGACCGUCCAUCUCUCCAGUCCUCAGGCCUUUGGCCCUGUCAGUAACUGGGGCCCCGAGGUCUUCACUGAGAUCGGCACACUAGCAGCGGGUCUGGAGGACAUGGUUCUGUCUGCUCUGGUACAGGAGCAGGUGGAGGGGCUCAUCCCCGAAGCUAUCGCCCUGAUUCCCCCCACAAAGAUGGCUGUGGUAUUCAGUGCGGUCCAGUUGUCGUGGCUGAAUGUGGAACAGGCGUGGGUGGUCACAGAGAAGCAGUGGGCGGAGCUGAACAGUGGGCAGAGACAUGCCUUGGGCCUGGCGCAGUAUGAGGGGGAUGUCCUGUUAGAGCACAGAGGGAGGAAUGUGGCCCCGGCAACACGGUCAGCUGACAGCCUCACUGUGUGCUUAUUGUCUCUAUGCUGUAUGUUAUGGCAACUAUCGUAAAACACACAGUAACCCAUUUGUAUUUAUUUGUUCUUUGACCUUCUUUUAUCGAAUUGUAACAUUUGUACUUAAAAAUAAACCAAACAUUUUGAACUGUG